AUGGACAUUUUGAGCAUUCCCCUGAACCAAGUUUCGAGUGCAUCGGCUCCCGACUUUCCACUCUCUCAUAACCCACAUUCUCUCGCUGCGCCGACCGUCUACUCGCGCGAUUUCGCAUACGCCGACAACGGACCCAUCGUCGUGCUGCCGGCUCGCAUGGCAGCUGCAGAUAUCACCAACGCUAGCGCAAAGACUUUCGCAGAGUACGUCGAUUUCCUUCUUUGCGCAGAAGAAGAUAUGUGGGAUGGCACGAACCUAUUGAAGUUCAUGUUGACUGAGAGAUUGCGCGAAAGGUUGCUGUCUGGUGAUACCGUAAACAUAUACGUAGGACGACAGAGAAAGCAUUGGAUCCUGCACCAGAAUCUCUUGAUCCACCAUUCUUCGUUCUGCGAGCUUGAAUUCCACUCUCACGAGACCGCUCCGAGGAAGGACAACAAGCUGGAACUUCCUGAGGACGACCCUAUCGGGUUUGAGCUCUUGGUCAAAUGGUUGUACCAAGGCACCCUGGAAGAUAGCUCUAGGCUCGAUAGUGAUGAAGCAAAAUACGAACAUGCUGUUGCUUGUCAUAAACUCUGGCUGUUGUGCGACCGAUUCGAGAUGGUCAAGCUCAAGAACUUGGCAAUGGAUCAGUAUCGGCGGUGCCUGAACGAAAGCCAACUAGUGCCCGAUGCCGAUGAGAUCAACGACAUAUAUCGAACAAGUCCUGUCGGCAGUCCCUUCAGAAGUCUCAUGGUCAAGAUCGCCGCACGACAGAUUAUGGAUCCAGAAGUAGAGCGAGACGCGGAAGCCUAUCGACAAUGCUUCGAAAGCAAUCCUGACUUCGCGAUCGAGAUGGUAACGGCAAUAAGACAGAUGUCGAAUGGCAUACUCUUCAACGAUCCAACACGCGGCGAUGCCUGCUCGUAUCAUGAUCACGCCGAUGUUAGCGGUUGUCCAAUGCAAGGCAAAGGGAAAGCUAGGGCACCCAAGAAAACUGAAGAAGGCUUUGUCAAUUCAGGAGCGCGUCACGAGCAACCUCGUUCGCCGAUGCGAUAUGUCGAACUAUCUGCUGAGAGGCGAACGCCUCGCAAAUUGCGCACGCCAUUCAAAUCUCCUUCGGCUGCGCUCAAAUACUCAGAGACACCCAAGAGUCUACCACCCAAGCUGAAUGGAGCAGGGGCUAAGGUAGAAGCGCAAGAGGAACCCAACCGCUCUAUAUCACAAGGGGGAAGUCCUUUUGAAAAUGGCGGACACAGCGGUACCAGUGAGGAUACUUUACAGUUGCGAAUACCCAUUCGAGACGCAAGAAUCGCCACAAACGCCGAUGAAGAAUCACCUCUUCUGACUCGGAGUAGUGAGAAGCAGGAUGCGUCCUUCAAGCUCGAGCAAUCAGCCGGACCACCCACAACUCCACAGCAGCCACCAAUUGCAAAGAGGACUGCUCAUAAUGGACACAGCAUGAACAACACCAAUGGCCACUUCGAACAAGGGGCAAGAUCUGGUCAGAAAGUGACAAAAUCUGAGUCCACGAAAGGUGAAGGCACCAAGAAACGCAAGUUGUCAAAUCGAACGCCCCGGAAGAUCCGCGAGAAGCCGCCAGUCACAAUACCUAUCACGAAUGGUGUCAGCAGUAGAGCAGACAGCGUUAUCAGUGGCCCUCGCAAGCUCAGAGUCAGCAGUAUUGUGCGGAAGUUGAACGAGUCGAGUAGUGGCGAGGAGCUGCAGAGCUCACAUGAGAAGAUGAAGGCUCAGCCACCAAAGUCGAAGAUGGCAACGACUCAGGAGGCUGAAAGGGAGGAGUCGAAAGCGUAG